AUUACAAUCUAAGUGGGGCUGAUCUGCCACAGACUUGUAAACUGCUUCCAAUGUUAACAGAACAAACUGAACGCGAUGUCGACCAGAAGCCCGACUCCUCAGGCUGGUCUGCGUCUCAAUACAACCACACCGCCUCUUUUGUCUAUUCUGCUAGUUACACUGCUCCAGUUCUAGCUGCUCUGAAUGCUCAACCUGGAGAACGCAUCAUAGAUUUUGGCUGCGGAACGGGAGAGCUGACUCUUCAGAUAAAGGAUAUCGUAGGCGCUGAGGGUUUCGUAGUCGGAGUGGACGCCAGUGAAAGCAUGAUUACAGGAGCUAAAGCAAACGGCCUCGAGGCCGCAUUCGUGUCUGAUAUUCAAAACCUUCAGACCCCAGUUUCUUUGUUCGAAAAUAAUACGUUCGAUGCGGUGUUCAGUAACGCAGCCCUUCAUUGGUGCAAACGCGAUCCAAAGGGUGUCCUAGAAGGUGUGAAACGUGUCCUUAAGGAAGGAGGGAGAUUUGUCUGCGAAAUGGGGGGUUAUAUGAACUGUGUAGGCCCAAGGAUGGCUUUGAACCACGCUGUGAAACGACGUGGAUAUGCUUCUGAAACUCUGGAUCCUUGGUAUUUCCCGUCAAUUCAUGACUAUGAAAAUCUGUUACAGUCUUCUGGUUUUCAUGUGGAUCAUAUAUCCUUGCACCCUAGACUUACUCCACUCUCCGCUGGAGGCUUACACGGUUGGCUUCAUUUGUUUGCAAGGAAUUCCUUUUUGAAAAUAUUCAACGACAAAGAAGCCGAGGAAAUUAUAAACGAAGUUGUGCAGAUGUGUGAAGUAGAUUGCAAGGACGGGAGAGGUGAAUGGUCGAUGAUGUAUGUGAGGCUCAGGUUUUCGGCCACACUGAAAUAAUAUGUUUACCGUCCAUCAAAUACUCGUCUUAAAUCUCAUGUCAACUCAGUUGAAGCAUUCUCCGCGGCUCUGCUGUCGAACUAACUAAUUGGAACUCAGCGAUGAUGGUUUGUUUGACCGAGCUUGGAUAAAUUUU